GUGGUGACGUCACUGGCGGCCUGACAGCACUUCCUGGAGUGAUGUUUGUUGUGGGAAAUCAGCAGUGUGCUGACCGACCCAGGCCCAGGGUAACGCAACAGGACGAAGCACGCCGUUACUUUUCACGUGGAGAUGUGGCAGUUUUCUACAGGGGCCAGAUAAGAAAGAGGGACCCGCCGGAACCAGGACGACGGAGGGGACAUUUGUCGGAUAGCGGAGAAGCCGAACCGCACGGAGCUGUCGCGAUGCGGUAGCUAAAACAUGGACAGCCGAAUCAAGGAGAACCCGGAGAGAACAUUUGAUCUGAUAGUGCAUGUGGCAUCCCCAGCAGCUAUUAAUGGGGAUCCAACCGUGCUGUGGAGCUUCCCCCAGGACUACACCGACCAGGACGUACUUCAGAUGAUACCAAAGUUCUGCUUUCCCUUUGACAUGGAAAGAGUCUCCCAGAGUCAUGUUGGGCAGAACUUUACUUUUGUGCUGACUGAUAUUGAUGGCAAGCAGAGGUUCGGGUUCUGUCGACUUACUCAAGGUUGCCGAGUCUGCAUAUGUUUGCUCAGUUAUCUUCCAUGGUUUGAGAUCUACUACAAGCUGCUCAACACCCUUGCAGACUACCUAACAAGACAGCAGAAUAAUGACUUGAAUGACAUGCUGAACUCGCUAUAUGAUCUUCCUGUGCCAAAACCCUUCACGCCAGUCAAUCUGAGUGUGAAUGAGCAGUUGUAUAUUGCCACUGGGCAAGUACUGAGAGAUCAGCGAAGCAAGGCAUCGCACUCCUACUUCAUCGCCCCGGAUAUCAAUGGACUGCCAACUAUCCCGGAGAGUAGAAACCUGACAGAAUACUUCGUGGCUGUGGAUGUCAACAACAUGCUGCAAGUCUAUAGCAGUAUGCUUCACGAGCGGCGCAUUAUCAUUACCUCAAGCAAGCUGAGCACUUUAACUGCAUGUGUCCAUGGUGCUGCUGCUUUGCUCUUUCCAAUGUACUGGCAGCAUAUUUUCAUCCCCGUACUGCCCCCGCAUCUUCUGGACUAUUGCUGCGCACCCAUGCCAUACUUUGUGGGAGUUCAUCUUAGUCUGCUGGAGAGAGUACGCAGUCGUUCGCUAGAGGAUGUGGUCAUCCUGAACGUGGAUACCAACACACUGGAAAGUCCCUUUGAUGAUCUACACAACCUUCCAAGUGACGUGGUGUCCUGUCUGAAAGGCAAGCUUAAGAAGCAGUCAACAGCAACAGGAAGUGGUGUGGCAAGGGCCUUCCUGAGAGCACAGGCCGCUCUGUUUGGCUCCUACCGGGACGCCCUCCGAUACAAACCUGGGGAGCCAAUAACAUUCUGCGAGGAGAGCUUUGUGAGCCAUCGCUCCAGCACGAUGAGGAACUUUUUGUCCAUGGCUGUCAACCUGCAGCUCUUCAAACAGUUCAUCGACGGACGGCUCGCCAAAUUGAACGCAGGCCGGGGCUUCACCGACGUGUUUGAAGAAGAGAUCACAGAGGGGGGGUUCUGUGGAAGUAACACAAAGUCCUACCAGCAAUGGAUGCACACUGUAAAGAGAGGAGGAGCACUCAUCAAUACAGCAGUGACAAAGGCCAAAAGUCAUGCCAAGAGGGGCAUCCGGGACAUAAAAGGACGACUCAAAGCACGGGAGGAAGAGGAAGAAGGGAUGACAGUCUGCGCAGGAUCCCCCACCAGUACCAAGAGCCUGUCUCCAAGGCGACUGCAAAGGAUGAGACGGCAAAACUUCAACAAGUCCCCCGCGAGCAUGGGCCCUCGUGAACUUGGCUACGGGCUCGAUGAUGACGAGCUGGACAGGGCGAGCAAGCUCUCGUCAGAAGACAGCGGUGAUGUCCCCUCAUACACGGAGGACAGCGAUGACUCCUACUCUUUGGAGCUGGACAUGGAUUCGUCCCAGUCAGGCAAGAUGAACCUGCUGGAGGAGAUCCUGGACUCUCUGAACACCACCACGAUGGAGCAGGGCAAGCUCAGUGCAGCCAAGAGCCUGGACUUCUUCAGGUCCUUGGAGGACUUGGACUACCAGGCCCCGAAUAAGGUUAACGCCUCUGGUGACUUUCAACCAUCAGAGGAAAGCGGUUGUGGUGGAGGUGGGGACCAGGGGGGCUGGAACAUGGGUCAGGAUGACAGCGCUGUCCACGGGAAACACCUCCCACCGUCCCCGCGCAGACAGCCCAACAAGAGCACCCUGAAGAAACCCCCAGUCCCGCCAGACAAGCGGUCCGGUCCACAUCACCUACCUCCAGAGAGACGAGCGGGAGAUCGCUUCUCCUAUUCCCCCUUAACAUCUCAUCGGAUUACCCCGACAUCGCCGUCUCCAACUAACGCGUCUUCACUUCCAGUCUAUUCUCCGCUGCCGGCGGCCCGCGCUCGGACCAUUUCAGAGCCCCAAGCCGGCACCGAGCCCCCUCUGACGCAGAACCCGACCGGCUCCACGGGCAUCUUGAGGAGGAAAGUCCUCUCCAAGGAGACGGUGCAGAACUACAAGAAGAAGUCUCUGCAGAACAAGGGAAGCAAGGAGACUAGAACCAGGGACAGCCAUUCAGUGCAGGUGCCCUGGGAGAAGGACUACAAGGAGGGGCUUCCGAGUCUGGAUCCCUCUCAAGGCCUGGGGGCGACUUUGCAGGAUCGAGGCCUCCUGGAGGAGAUCGAGUCUAUGUGCUGUGUCAGGCCGGUACUCCACAGCGGCCUGCAGCUCUCGCAGGUUCACUGUAACAACAGUCACCGCAGCAAAGCCACAGAAAACUUGUAACUUUCUACCGCUCAGUUUUAUUCUGGAAGUCCAUUUUAUGUCAAAACUUUGAGAGAAAUGUGAGGACCUGGAGGUGGAGUCUAGUAACAAAAUGGGGAAAAACUGGUGGAGCGCAACAAGAUCUUAUCGUGGGACUGAUUUCCACAACUUAUGCAAGAAGUAAAUGCACAUUGGCGUCCCAAUAGUAUGCAAUAUCUUUGGAAAACUUCAUUCAUUUCAGUAGUUCAAUUCUUAAAAUACAUUUCAUACAUGUAGAUUCACUACACAGUGAAAUUUGAGGAUUAUGACUUACCACCCUUAAUUCACCAUCUCAAGAAAUUCAAAUACAGUGAACACUCACGGUUUGGAAUUUUCAAAUUCACCUAUUUGCGGAUUUUCAGGGAAACCUCUUGUGUCAUUGACUAAAAAUUCACCUAUUCGCUGUUUGUACAUGAGCAAAAGCAGUUGAAUCAUUACUUUCCCACCAUCUUGAAGCAUCUUGGUGCCAAGGACCUUGUUAAAGUGAGUAGAGGAGCUUCAUUUAGUCAACAAUCUUGCUUUGCUGCCAUCUAGUGCAGUGGCGCCUAACCUUUUUUCCACCACCGUUCACGUUCAGUACUUAUAUUUUGGGUGCUGACAGACUUUACCGAUCAAAAGCUAAUGAUUGGGCACCACCGAUCUAGUUCAACUAUGUUGAAAUGAGUUGAGGAAUUUCUUCUUGACAAAGUAAUGCUUUGAUGGAAGGAAGGAAGACAUUGAGAGUAGCGCCCAUGUUGCAUUUUCCACACGAUGGAGGAGUUCAAAUGAGUCCCGGAAGGACAACGUCACAUCCCAUCGUCACGGGAACGGUCCUCACAUUUCACUCGAACAAAGCACUUUUCAAUGAGCAAGUACUGAAACAGAUAUUAAGAAAAUGAAAAUCAUCAGUCCUGGUGAGCCUCGGGAAGUGACGCCACACUGUGUACUCCGUUUCUGACACCACGCCUUAAGUGGACACGCCAUUUGUUUGUCUGUUGAUCACGUACUGGAGGUGUGACUGGUACUUUCCUGUAUCCCGAAUGUCGGCGUGCUUUGAAGCUGCUCUUCAAACUUGCAUUGCAGACAAGGAACUUGCAUGUCGAUGCUCUGAAGGGAAGGCCACAUGAACAAUAAGACGUAUUUUUAAUUUUUUCAUCCUUUCCUCUCAUCCUGUAUUGUUGUCUUUCUCUCUCUGCUCAAUGUCAUUUUGUUAAUUCAUCUUUUCUUUCCAUUUCUUUUGCCGCCAUGGGAAGACUUUUAAGCAUUUACAGUAGUCGACAUCUGUGUAUCCAGUUUCAGGCACAUGCACUCGUCUGCUGUUUUCCUCACUAGUUUGUUCGGCGUACUAGUAGUAUAACUUUUACUAGUAAAGUUGUUUUUUCCACUACUGUGUGACAGAACAACUUUUGCAUACUAAUGGGAGAACUGCACUUACUCUGCAAAUACUACUGGAGUUCUAGAUGCUAACUAGUAGAAUUAGAAGAAGGCCUGUAGUAGUACCAGUAGCACAAGGUUGUCAACUAGUGAAUAUUUUUGCCUCACUAGUAACAUAGUGGUCUUACUCAUGCGAAAGUUGUCCUACUAGUGUUGAACUUGUAGGACAACUGUAUCUUUAGUAGUGAUUUUUGCCACUAUUGUUGUGUGACGUUUCUACACACUAGAACAACUUUGGCAUACCAGUAGAACAACUACAUCUUACCAGUGAGACAAAACUACUAAUGGGCAUUUUUGGGUCUACUACUGGGGUCCUGGAAGCUACUAGUGUGCAACACAUACAUACCUAAUGGGCCUUAUUGUGUUGCUACAUUACAAAAACGCAAAAUCAUGACCAAGUGAUUUUUUUUUUCUUGUGAAAACAUUCAUGAACUUGCUGUAUGACUUUUUAUUUCAAAAUUUUAAAGAAAAAGUCUUAUUUUAAGCCACAAGAUCUUUACCAAUUUGAUCAAACCAAUUCAUACUAGUUACAUUGUCAUGCUACUUUUACUGAAUUUAGGGACACUUGUUUUAAGUGGAAAAGAUAUGCUAAUGCCACUUGAUAUCAAUUAACUUCAGAUUCUCAAAAGUCAAAAAUGUCUCAAAGUAAAUGCAGUAAGAUCUUUUCACCGGAAAUACGAUACAUAAGUAAGAAUUGCAUUUUUGCUGUGUAGUUGAUUUGCAAAGCUUUGACUGCAUACUGGUUGGCCAAAAGUUGCACUGGCAUUGGAGAAAACAAGCCUUGUAAGAGUUGUUCUACUAGUACGCGCUUACUAAUGAGGACAAAGGGCACACUAGUACCUGAACCUUAUGCGGCACAGCACAGAUACGCAACGACCUUUGCCUGUGUCCGAGCUUCCAGUCGCACAGUGAUGAUGGCGAGUAUGAUUGUAACACGGCUCACGCUUACCGGUACACGCGUGACGUGUACAGUGUGACCCUGUGGAGAGAAACGCUGUGUGCGGAGGUUUGAGGCCCGAAAAAAAAAAAAAAAAAAAAAAAAGAGGGUUAUGUGGGUGGGAAGCUUUUUUUCCCCUUUGUUCAGUUUGGUGCUGUUGUGAUUUCGACCACAUGCCAGUCACCUGGCAGCCAAUUGGCCGAUCGCUGCUGCCGCCGCCUCGUUAAUGUUUUGCUCAUAAAUCGUCUGGCCGGCGUGCCGAUGAGCAGACGUCCGUAGUCGUAACUCCAAAUAAGGAAAACUCCGAACCAACUAUGCGGCGUCGCAACUCAUUGACACACAUUAAAAUACAAAGUAACUAUGCAAACGUUCCGAACUCAAAGUUUAAAAGUGCUUGCCUACUACUAAAUCAUGUUCACUUUUAAUGGGAAUAAGCCACGUCGGUUGCGUUUGCGUGUUCAGCUAUGUGGUGUGCCUUAUAAGAUAAAAGUAUACCUGGUACAGUAUUAAAUGGAAAGGAAGGAGUAUGGAAUAUUUUCAUCAUCAUUGUCCUUUGAUUGUUUCAAGACUGAAAACGACUUUUGAGUGGUUGUGACCAAAUGACCUGAAGUGAACUCAGGCAAUUUUUUUCACAGGAGGCGCCUCCUGGCAUUUUAUAUUUUCAUUUGUCUUUCGUUAGAUGGCUAUUCCAUUAGUUUAGUUUUUUUUUUAACAAUUUCAUUUCUCAGAGGUCAGGUCAUAACUUUUAAAAGAGGCAUUUAAAACGCUUUCUCAGAGGAUUUCAUUUCAUAACAAAAAAAAAACCUGAAAAAUCUAAUAUUUUCAGCUCACAAGACGUAUUUUUCUCGAGUAUAUUUUACAUAAAUAAUAUAUAAUUGCUGUUGUGUGUUGAAAUUGACACUCAAUGUGAAUGUUUUAAAUAAUAUUUUUUGAAUGAGACUAUUUAAAAAAGAGAGAGAAUAACAAAUGUAUUUCCCGCGUUCCAGUGCUUACUCUUGUUUCUUCACGCAUGUUCAGAACUUGGAUGUAUCUGGCUCUUAUUUGUUUGAGAGACGUUCAUUCAUAAUUAUUGCGAAUUAUCUCAGUAUUUAGCAUGUCAGACCCCAAACAAACAAACAAAAAAAGAAUAAUACAAAUCUGUUGGUUUUGCCUUGCAACGGAUUGCAUUGUAGUAUUUAACAUCAUCUGCCUUGUAGGAGAAUAUAUUUUUUACAUUUUUUGGGCAACUAUAAGUACACCAUAGAGAAAAAAAAAAUUAAGCGGAUAACUGCUGCUGUGAGUAACGCGACUGUUUACAGUAAAGCGACGCGAUGAUGAUGAUGAUGACUGAAUUGUGGGGGAGUUUGCAUUUCUAUAUGUGGAGAAAGCCGACGUUGGGUGCUUGUUGCUAUCCUGCCAGUGCUUGAGCGUGCUAACGCAUUAAGGAGUGCAGGCAUAUUAACACAUUUCAUCUUGUAUUUUAACAUCACUUUCCGUACGCCCAAAAUAUACACACACACAAAAAAAAAAAUGCAACAUCUGUGUAGUAAAAGUCUUGACAUGAGUCAACAUCUUGUUUGGUUAUUGUAACGAUGGAAAAUCUCUGGUACGUUUUUUUUUUUUUUGUACAAACUUGCAUGUUCUCGUGGAGAAAACAAGUGAGGUGAAUCUCAUGAGGUGUUGAUGACAAACGUGGUACAACUGCACAUCGUGUACGCACUGUGAACUGAAAAUAAAUGCUUUCAUGCAACA